AUGACUACAAUUACUGAAGAAGCCCGCCGAAAGGAACGCCGCGCACAGCGCCGUCUCCGACGGAAGUGCCCUCCCCAAAGCUCAUACCACCACAUACCAUGUUCUGCUGCGCUUGACUUUGCGCGCACGGCGACCCCCGAGCCACUUGACCCAGAGAAAGUCCACAAGUUGACACUCCCGGUUGUGGAACAUUACACGAAAGAUUUACCCUCAGAUGUUGCAAAACCUUCCUCUCGUGCUUCCGGACCAGAUAGUCUGCCCGCGGAAGACGUUUUGGGGGAGGCUGGAGAGAAGGAUUUAAGGAGAAGGGUCGCGCAGCGAAACGUUGACCCAUCGCGAUAUCGUUUCACCGUAGCUCAAUUCCAGAUCCCCCCGGUUGCUGCAGAGGAAGAGUCGAGCGAGGAAUAUCUCCAUCGGAUAUCGUCUCACAGGCGCCGUUCUCUGUCGCUGCAGCUGGUCCCUACCGACCGGCCAGACUGGACCGAGCAAGACGAAUGCUCCGAGCCGACUCCUUCUAUCUUCAGCAAAGUUGGUCCCAUGCUCAGAAAAUCCGAAAAUGUGUGGAGCGUGCGCCCCCACAACAAACACGUCGCGCAUGUAACUCCAGAUGAUGGCUCAGUUCUGAGCAUGAGAGCCGGAAGGUUUGGUUAUCCUUGGGGCUGUGUUUGUUUUUCUUGAACUAAGUUCCUGUUUUGUGCUAUCCGGGAGUCCGGGUGUCGUGUGCGGGGUUUCCACUUCAUUUACAAGUAAUGGGUAUCCGCGCUCUCCGACAAUCGUCAGUCAUAUGAUACCGGAGCUGGCCCUCAUUACAGGUGGGCCGCGGGAUUGCGGUUACAGGGCAUUCGUUCAGAUAUCUGUUGUUAAUUAG